AUGGUUGGUGUGCCCAAGAGCAAAGGCUGUGCCACUUGCAGGUCGAGGAAGAUCCGCGUAAGUCUCUCCUCACUCGCCGCUAAGCCUGCCGCAUGCGUACUCAUCCCGCGAGCGAGAGAACAGUGCGACGAGACCUGGCCCGUCUGCCAGCAAUGCCGCCGCAGCCGUCGCGAGUGUCCCGGCCCAUCCAACCCGCACGGGAAGUUCAUGGACGAAGGCCCCCGCCAGCGCGCCCGCGGCAACACCGCCGUGCCCAAUGACCCUGCUCGUGCUCCUCCCCCCUUCCGCCCUCUGCCGCAGGAAGAGAGCCAUGUCCAACCCACGCCGUGCACCGACAUCGAGACCGUCCGCACCAAGUUGACCACGAGCGGGGCCAUGUUCACCACCAUGAAGAUCGUCAGCGACGAGCCGCACAACGCCCUCGCAGCCCGGUUCCCGCCAGCGAAACACCAUUCCACAUCGCCGCCGGAUGCCCGAGGCGCAAGGAAGCAGCUGCAGCGCCAAAAGGCCGUCUUCGGCCGCCUGCCGCAGACCCUCCCCCUGUCAGGCGUUGACAUGUUGACAUUCAGGCUCGUGGCCACGCUCAACGAAGCCGGGCCCUCGAACCAGAUCAAGCUGUUCGGCCCAUUCAUAGGCGAGGUGCCCCGGCGGCUGGGCUCGACAACGGCAUUGAACGACGCGGCCGCCUGCCUGACCACCACCCACGACGCCAUCAUCCGCAAGCACAGCAAAACCAGCAUCAACCCGCAGCUGUACGCCAAAGCCCUCAAGAGCCUCUACGCCGCCAUCCAGGACCCGGUCCAGGUGAAGUCGACGUCGACACUCUGCGCCACCGUUCUCUUGGCAAUCACCGAGGCCUACGCCACCGGAAUCUGCGGCACAAACCGCAAUUUCAUCACCCAUCUGGGCGGCGCGGCCCGCAUCCUCGAGCUCAGGGGCCCCAAAGAAUUCCAGAACCCUUCCUCAUUCGAGCGAGCUCUGCUGCGAGCCGUUACCGUGGGCGUGGGCCUCGACGCCAUGUUCACGGGCAAAGAAGACAUCCUGGCCACGCGCGAAUGGCAGGCCGUCGCGUUCGACACGACGGGCGUCGCGGAGCCGCGCGCCUCCAUGUUCAGAAUCUCCCGCACCCUCUCGCUGCUCCCCUCGCUGACGCGCGACGUGCGCGCCUUCCUCGCCUGCCCGUCCGGGCCGUCGGCAUCCUCCUCCUCCUCGACCGUCCGGCUCUCGCUCCUCCGCCGCGCCGAAAGCCUCCACAAGAUGCUCGACCGGGUCAAGCCCUACAUCGACGCCACGCUGGCCGACCCCCAGCGCGUGCGGCGCGUGGCCGCCGCGCCCGAGCACGCGCACCUCUGGCCCGAGGCGUACCGCUUCGCCGACCCCGGCGUCGCGUUUGUGCUGUGGUUCUUUUGGAACAUGCGCAUGAUCACGUCGAGCAUCAUCAUCGGCCUGCACCGGCACCGCCAUGGACACGGGCAAUCCCCCUCGCCUUCCCCCACCGCCGCCGCCUCCUCGCCAACAGCGACAACAACAACAACAUCACCACCGCAUUCGUCUUCGUCAUCAUCAUCGUCACAACCGCCGUGUAGCAGCAGCAGCAGCAGCAACCACCGCCGCGUCGCCGCCCUCGAGCGCGACAUCCACGCCAUGGCCCGCGCCGUCUGCAUGAGCUGGGAGCACGCCCGCGCCGUGCGGCCCCUCGGCGCCAUGUACAUCGACGUCGGCCUCAUCGUCGCGCACAGCGUCUACUCCGCGAGCCCCGCGCGCCGCCGUUGGGUGCGCGCCGCGCUGGAGGAGUUGACUGAGGGGAGCGGCGAGGACGAGGGUAGCUGGUCGGCGGAGCGGGUGGGGUGGUUGGCGAGGUGGUUCACGGCGGGGUGUGUGGAUUAUGUUGGCGGUGGGGGUGGUGAGGGGGAGGGGGAGGGGGAGGAUGGAUGUGGGGGCUGGGGGGGGGGUGAUGGGGGCUGGGAGGUUGGGGGUGCUGUUGAGCUGGCGAUGGAGGAGGUGGUGGUGGUGGAAGAGGGGGAGGAGCAGCAGCAGCAGCAACACCGGCUGCUGCUGCGGCGCGAAACGACGGCGUCGACGACGACAACAACGUCUUCGGAGUCAUCGUCGUCGUCGUCGUGGGACGAGUGGGCGUUUACCGCUGCCGCCGGCGAUCAGGACUUUGUCGACUGGGACGUCGGCGGUGUGACGAGUGCCGCCGACGACAUGUCUUUCGGCGCAGCAGACAGCACGCGUGCCGAGCCCAUCGCUUCGGCCUCGACGACGGACACCGUUACCGGCGCUGCUGGUACGGCUGCAGCCGUUGGGGGCGGCGGUGGUGGCAGCGGCGCGUGGAGUCCGGACUCGCUGGCGUCGUCGUUGGCGGAUACGGACAGCUUCCUCGUGUUGCAGCCGAUGGGCGUGAGGGUGCGGUGGCCUACGACGACGACGACGAUGAACAACAACGGCAGGGCCUAUGGAUUUGACCGUUUCAACGCGUUUGGCAGUGCGCCGCUGAACAGCCGGUCGUUUGUUGCGUAA